GCCAGAGAGGCUUCCCAAACAAAAUUCAUUCAUUUUUCACCUCCCCUGAAGCCUCCCUCCCUCCGUUUUUCACCAAAAACCCUAAUAAUUCUCCGCCGGGGAGGAUUGCAUCCAGGUCCUUGUCAUAGCAUGGAUUUGGAAGAUAAAUUUCUUGCUAAAGUUUCUGGCAUUCAAAGUCUAUCUUCCAGUGUGCACAGCACUCCGGAGAAGAAUGGACACUCAGAUGAUGCUUCUAGAAGCCCCAAGGUACUCCAAGAAUUUCUAAAAUCUGGUGCAAGGAAGGAUCUGUUGCAUACUUGCUUGGAAAAGGAAAAGAAACAAUCAGCUUCAUCAAAGUGCAAAAUGUCUGAACCAGCUACAAAAAUUAGCAAAAAACCAAUUAAAAACCUGGAUCAAAAGAAAACAGCUUCAAGUCCCAAAGAUCAACCUUUGAAAAAACAAAAUAGAAAAGCUGAAAACCCUGUCCGCAUUCCCCCCAUAACAGAACAAUGUGCUGAUUUUAAAUGUUCGAAUUCAUGGAUAUGCAAAAAUUCUGCAUGUCGAGCAACUCUUUCCAUAGAAGACACAUUCUGUAAGCGGUGCUCUUGCUGCAUUUGUCACUUAUUUGAUGACAACAAGGAUCCAAGUCUUUGGUUAGAAUGUGCAUCUGAAUCUGGCCAGGGGGACUACUGUGGCCUAUCUUGCCACAUUGAAUGUGCUCUCCAACGUGGGAAGGUGGGGGUGGUCGAUCUUGGACAACUGAUGCAGCUAGAUGGAAGCUAUUGUUGUGCUGCUUGUGGUAAAGUUUCAGGGAUACUUGGAUACUGGAAGAAACAGCUAAAUAUAGCGAAGGAUGCUCGUCGAGUGGACGUCCUGUGCUAUCGGAUAUUUCUGAGUUAUAGGCUCCUGGAUGGGACUUCCAGAUUUAAAGAACUCCAUGAAAUUAUUAAAGAAGCCAAGGCCAAGUUAGAAACAGAGGUCGGCCCAGUUAAUGGAGUUUCUGCCAAGAUGGCCAGGGGAAUUGUCAGCAGACUUUCUGUUGCAGGCAAUGUCCAGACGCUCUGCUCCCUUGCCAUUGAGAAAGCUGAUGAAUGGCUGACCUCAAAGUCCAGUGCCACCGCAGAUUACAGAGAGGGUUCACUGCCUGCUGCUUGCAGAUUCUUGUUUGAGGAAGUAACAUCUACUUCAGUUGUAAUUGUAUUGAUAGAGCUUUCUAGUGUAUCCUCCAAUGAUGUCAAGGGCUACAAGCUUUGGUAUUGUAAGAGUAGGGAAGAAAAUUACACCAAGGAGCCUGUUUGUGUAUUUCCAAGAGCUCAAAGGAGGAUUUUGAUAUCCAAUUUGCAGCCCUGCACCGAAUACUCCUUCCGCAUAGUUUCUUAUAUGGAGGGAGGUGACUUGGGGCACUCUGAGGCCAAGUGCUUCACCAAGAGCAGAGAGAUAAUUCACAAGAAUUCCAAUUCAGUUGCAGAAAAUCAUAGCCAUAGGAAGGAGAAUCCAGAUUCUGGAGGCAGCUCAAGUGCUGAGAUGGAGCACAGAACUCCUACUGCCAUUGAAUCUGACUCCGGUUUUAAAGUCAGGGACCUUGGAAAGAUCUUGAGACUGGCUUGGGCUCAAGAACAAGGCUGUUUUGAGAGAUUCUGUGGGGCAGAUAUUGUUAGAUGUAGUAGUGUUAGUAAAGUUAUUAAACCAGAAAGCAUACAAGAAGACGUCCCAUCUGUUUCACGUGAACUUGAUUUAAAUGUUGCUUCAGUUCCCGAUCUAAAUGAAGAGGCAGCUCCUCUAAUUGAGUCAUCAAGAGAUGAAGAUAAUGGUUGCACUUUAGCACGGACUGUUGAGGCAGAUGAUGAUGCAGUUUCUCAUGACAUUGAGAAAAAUGGUGUAGCAAGGUCGCAUGGUAGUGGUGACUCCCAAAACUGGAACCAUGGGCAGAAUGGAGAGGUGCCUGCUGUCGACUCUAAGGUGGAAGCAAGCCGAAAGAGAGCAGCUAGCAAUGGAGAGACACAUGAUUCUGAUAGCACUCUUAUAAAUGGAUCACCAUUUCGAGUGCGGAAUGGACCGGGUUGCCUGGAUGAGAAUUUUGAGUACUGUGUCAAGAUCAUACGCUGGCUGGAGUGUGAAGGCUACAUAGAAAAGGAGUUUAGAUUGAAAUUGCUUACGUGGUUCAGCUUGAGAUCAACCGACCAAGAACGCAGGGUGGUAAACACUUUUAUUCAAACUCUACUUGAUGAUCCAAGUAGCUUGGCUGGACAAUUGGUUGACUCGUUUAGUGAUAUAAUAUCAAGCAAGAGGCCUCGAAAUGGCUUCUGCAGCAGGCUUUGGCAUUAGGUUAACGGGGGCGUUGAGGAAGUAAUAAUCAGCAGUUUAACUUACCAUUUAUCAUCCCUCUGAUAAAUUAUUGCUGAUCAUCUUGACCGUUCAUUGUACAUGCAUUUUUUCCUAGUCACAGGUGAAGUGAUUCAUUUAUUUUGCGGACAAGGUGAUCUGGUAAAAGAUUUCAGGUUGCCGUAUGGUAACAAAUCCUUAUUUCUCCACAGGAAGAGGCCUUAAUCCUUGGGAGGAUAUCAGAUUGUAGGAACACUAGGCAUUUUCUGAACCAUAAUCACAUUUUGGAGAAGUUGAACUAAUUAUCAAAGUUCCAUUUUAUGCCAUUAAUUUCAGUGCAUUCUAGUGUAGAAGGGUGGAAGAUCUCAUGUGCUAUUAGACAUCUUCACCUAUUUUAGCUUAUAUCUUUGUUUUGGAUAAUACAAGGAUUUCAUGGCUCCUGCAGUUUUAGCAGGAACGUAUGAGUUAGGCAGCAGUUAAACGCCUGUAAACUGCAUUAGAUCUGAUUGAAGUUAUUAUCCAAUUUUGUUGCA